GAUUCUUUGACUCAGUAUGCCAUUGCUUACGCUGAGGUUUUGGAAGAAGUCCGACUGUUUAGAAACAGAGGGGCACAGAAAAGGACACAGGUCCAAACCACCAGAGGCCGGCCCAGCACUGCCUCAAGAGGGAGGGGGCAUCGUCCAUCUGCAGGAAGACUAACGUGAGGCGGAAAAGAGGACCGAGGACGGCGGGCUAAGACCUCUUGGUGAAAGAUGGCUCCCAAAAUCAAAAAGGCGAUACAAGACUUUCUGGAAAACCUGACAGAAAGGGACUUUAAGAAGUUCUGCCAAGCACUCGUGGACCGCAGCGAAAAGCCUCGGAUCGCAACCAGCAGGGUGGAGGGAAAAGACUUUCUGGAUGUCACAAACGUUAUAGUCAUAACCUUUGGUGAGGCCGAAGCUCUCGACGUGGUUAUUGAGCUGCUGGCAGAGUGCAAGAUAAAUGCUGCCGACCUCGAAUCAAAAACCAGAAAGAGACCAAAAGUCUUUUUGGACAAUGGUGACCCUGCCCUCCCUAGAACCUCGAGCGGGGAGUUGGAGACAGAGCCCUCACAGGAGGCUCGGAAGAUUGUGGCAGACCAGAAACAAGCAAAGGCUUCUGGAAAUGGAGGUAAUGUGAAGAAGCCAGAAGAGGUGGAGGCUGAUGCGAAGGCCCACGUUCGCGCUGAGGGUGGGGAUCCCUCUAGUGAGUGGCUUGUUCUGAGCCGGUUCAUCAUUCAGUUUGGCAAGUACAAAGGUCAAACCUUCAAGUGGCUGCUGGAGAAUCACGUGGGCUACGCUGUUUAUGUGGCGGCCACCCACCAGGACGAGCGAAAGUGGAAUCGAGAGGAUCAGAGCCCACUGAUGGUUCACAAGGACUUUUUGACUCAGUACUCCAUUGCUUACGCUGAGGUUUUGAAAGAAGUCAAACUGUAUCCUGCCGGAGGUCAGCCCAGCACUGCCUCAAGCUCCAGGCCUGCACAGGGGAAACAGAAAACAAGCUGGAAGAAGAAAUCAUUCACCCCUUACAACCGUUACUGAUUGGAUCAAGUGUCUGAGGGAGGACUUUGUAAUUACAGAUUCUAUUGGUCCAGAUUUUAAAAUCAGUAAAAUGUAGAUGUCCCAGACAUUUCAGCAGCCCAUUGAAACUUUUUUAAAGCUUUUGUAAUGCCAAAUCUUUAAUGAAUACACAUUGAUAUGCUGAUAUUGUGAUAUUUGACUUGAUGAAUAUAUAUAUAUUAUAUAUAUAGAAUUUAUUCACAUUGAUAUACCCCUCUAAUUAUAACUUUUACUCUGUGGUAAACGUUUUUUAUUGGAGGUGUAAUGCAGGCCUAUUAUAUCAAAGGGACCCACACUCUAUUUGUAGCAAUUUACAUGUAUUGAAUGUAUACCUUAAGAUGUUUCUGGUAAAAAAGUCAUUUUGUCACAAUUUUUCUGCGGUGCAUUUGUUCGGCUUCAAUAAACAUGUAGUCAAAAUCUGA